AUGGCCAGACGAAACCACCAGCCGGUGCGCGUGUCCAUGGACGAAUCCAAAAGAGAUGUCGUCCGAACGACGAAAGCUUUAAUCGGCUCGCUCACGAUAAAGUACUCGGUCGUGUGCCAAGAGGGGUGUUAUCCGGAUAAGAAGAAACACGCGAAUCAAGACGCGUUUUGCGCGAGCGCGAUGCACGGCGGGGAGAGUUUGUUGCUGGGCGUGUUCGACGGACACGGGCAAGAGGGGGAGUCGUGCGCGCAGAUCGCGUCGAAUAUUUUCCCGCAGAUUUUGACGCAGUUGAGCAGAGAAAAAGCUGAGAAGGUGAAGAUGGAAAUGACGACGAUGAGAGGCGACGAGGAGGAUGAUGGUGAUGGAGAAAACGAAUCGGAGUCGGCGCAAACGGAGGAGGAACGGUUGAUGAGAUUAUCUUCUUCCGGAUCGGAAGCGAAUACGAAACGAACGAAUACGACGGCGAAGAAACGCGAUCGAUACAAGUUUUUAACGGAGACAGAUUUGGAGGUGAAAAAUCACUGCGAUUCGCCGCAAUCGAAUUUGAAUUCGCUCGCAGACCGAACGAAACGUGGUGGUUUACUAUUCUCGGGAGGUUUAGGAUUAGGAGGAGGAGGAGGGUCGUCUUCAAAUUCGAACUCGUCCAGAGAAAGAUCGGAAGAAGACUCGCAUCGCGGCGAAGAAGGAAGCAGCGGCGCGGAUAUGGACAUCAACCCUACGAAUAUGGUCGUUAAGGACAAUGACAUCAGUAGCCCCAGCUCGGGCAGAGCGAGUUACACCAGCGAAGACUACGACGAUGAUAAUAAUAAUACCAAGACGACGAAAAAAGCUGGAACGAGAACGACAACACAUUUUGACGAGCACAUCUACUCCAACGCGUUUCGAACGGCCAAUUCAAUCGUCGUCAAAACGUUAGGGACCAAAUGCUACGCCAGUGGAACUACUGCUGUGACGGCUUUGUUCGGAAAGGAUAACAUCGUCCGUUUUGGUAACGUCGGCGAUUCGAGAAUUAUAUGCGCGAUGUCGGAUUCUGACGUGAUGACCCGGAACAAAAACUGGAAAGCUGUGCAAUUGACUCGAGAUCAGACGUGUUUUCGCCGAGAUGAACGCGAUCGCAUGCGCAAAGAAUCGAGUAAAGAGCUCUCGUUUGCGUCUAUUGGGAUGGUUUUGGGAGAGUGCGAGUUUCACGAAGAUUUUGAGGAGACGCAAGAUUUGCAAACCGGCGUAGCCGGCGAACGAUGCGAUGAUCCUCCGAGAGUCUUUUUAGGCGGUCACAAAUUUCCAGGUUGCGCGUUUACGAGAUCGCUCGGCGAUUCCAUCGCCAAAGAAUUGGGUGUCUCCGCGGAACCGGAGUUGACGCACCACGAUCUCAACGAUGGGAAAACGAAAUGUAUCAUCAUCGCCUCGGACGGCGUCUUUGAGUUUGUUUCGAACGAGGAAGUCGUUGGCAUUUGCGAAGAGUUCUAUCCGGAUUGCGACAGAGCAUCGAAAGAGAUUGUAAAAUUGAGCUAUAAUAAAUGGGCAAUCGAAGAUGAACGCGCGGACGAUGUUACGGUAAUCGUUGCAUACGUCAGCUCUACCAACGAUGUGGAUAUGCUCGCGCGCGACGAAGACGAGAGUAGCGACGAUGACGACGAUGACGACGGCGACGAUGCGUAUCUUUCCUCCUCUUCUUCUUUGGACGACGGUGAUGAUUACGACGACGGUGCAGACGAAAUCGACGAGAACUCUUCUCCUUCUUCCGCCGUAACGAUUCGAGAGCGUCUCCAAAGCGUCAACAUCUUUGGAAGAAGAUGA